CACGACGCAUUUAUAACCAGGGAGUGGUAUUGUUACGCUUCCAACUGCAACUAAAAAACACAAAAACAAACAAUAUUUACCUAGUCUUUACGUGCAUUUCAUGUUUCUAAAGUGAUUGUAGAGUAUGCAGUGACUUUAAGUGGCAAGUGAUGUUAGAAAGAGUGACAUAUAGCAUGCGGGUACGGUCUGCAAGGUCGGUCGGUGAAAAUGCAAACGCUGCCAGGCGGUAAGGACAUGUCCGGCAUUUUCGGUCGCGAAAAACGUCGUCGGUUCGAUGGUUUCUAGACAGAAUUGACCAAAGGCAGAUUGUGUUGUUUACCUGUUGGAGAAACCGGCAUCGUGUCACCACUACAACUUGUUGCUCGGACCUACCUACGGCGGCAUCACUCAGUCGCCAUCACCACUUGUUUCUGCAACCACCUGCCAACUUAAAAACAGCGCACCCGCCUGGAAACACUCCGCUCCAUUAAUUAUUAUCACCCAAAGCCUACAGUGUUUGCAACAAUGCCUCGUUGCUACAUGGUAAAGAAACAAAGCACUAAGCAUCAGUCGUCGCUACGGGACACGAGGCAGGAGGAAAACUGUUGGGAGCAGGCACCUUCUAGAGAACAAUUAGCCCCUGACAGCCCCACGGAGGGCUGCGUGGCCCCUUCGCCCAGCUACACGUCGCUGACUAAUCGCACAGAGGAUUACCAGGAAUAUGUACCAAAACACGAAAUAUCCGACUCAAGAAACAGCGAUGGAGAAAUCCUCAUUUUCCGUGACCAGCAAAGAAGUCCAGAGGAAACGGAGGCGGCACACGAUCUUCUAUCGCUCUCUCAAAGCCUACCGCCGCUCACCAACCCGAGCGUGGUCAUGUUUCAUCACACAGUUCCGACUGACUCCGAGAGUGCCACCUCCAGCUACUACAGGUCUCUUACUCCAGAACCUCAAAAAAAUACCAAAUUGAUUACCAAUGUACCAUCCGCGCCCAUCGUUUACGUGGUACAAUUACCAGCAAUUUCCACAGUUCCAACGCCGCCCAUUUCAGAACCAUCAAACGAUAUUAUAAUGGAAACCGGCGAUCAAACGACAUGUGAGGAAAGUGAUAUUGUUAUUUUUCCACUGUCUCCUGAAUUGCCAGAGAAAAAGUACGAUAUAAAUGAAUCCGCCGAGGAAUAUAUUACUGAGACGAUACAGGUAGUUGAUAACAAACAGACGGUACUGGUAAGCUCCCCUCUAGAACUUCCAGAUACCAGAAAAAGAAACUAUAAAUGCUCUAAUUCUGAACAAUUAAAGUCAAAUGCACAAGUGCAGCCAAAGAAUAAUAAUAAUUCGAAAGUGUCGAGGAAUAAGAACAAGGACAGGGAGGAAGUUUUGGAAAAGAAACCAAGGUCAUCCAGGAGAAAAACGAAAUUCUACAAAGUUGUGGAUUCUUCGACUGACGAACACGACGAUCAAAACUCCUCGGAAGAGACAAGCAACGUUCUCAAGGGCUUCCCAUGCAACGAGUGCGGCAAAAUGUAUGCUACAUCUAGCAACCUGUCGCGGCACAAACAGACCCAUCGAAGCCUGGAUUCUCAGUCGGCCAAAAAGUGCAAUACGUGCGGUAAAGCCUACGUCAGCAUGCCCGCCUUGGCGAUGCACCUUCUCACUCACCGCCUCUCCCACAGUUGCGGAAUUUGCGGUAAGCAAUUCUCCAGACCCUGGCUGCUCCAAGGUCACCUGAGAUCCCACACGGGGGAGAAACCCUAUGGGUGCGCCCAUUGCGGAAAGGCCUUCGCCGACAGGUCCAAUCUAAGGGCUCACAUGCAAACCCACUCAGGCGACAAAAACUACACCUGUCACAAAUGCAAAAAGAGUUUCGCCCUCAAGUCAUACCUUACCAAACACCAAGAAUCUUCUUGCGUUCAAGUUACCCAGUUAAAAGAGGUCGUGUCGGUCAGUGUAGAGACGCAGACAUCCAUGGAUUAAGUUCCGAGCUCAAUUUUUUCACUAUUUAAUUGACGAAAUAAGUCGUAUUAAUUUGGGGAGAAUGUUUAAUGAUUUUUUAAUGGAUAAAAGCAGUUUUGUUGAUAUUAUAAUAUACAUUUUUGAUACAAAGUAAUUCGUCUAAAGAUUGAAUAAAAAUUAAUAAAGACAGAUGUUUUAAUGAAAUGUUGAAGAUACUGAAUUUCGUACCUUUAAAAAAAUAACAAGAAGCACUUCUCAGGGAUAAGUCUUAAAUUUAAGGUAUCAAUUACGUCCUAUUUUAAAAAUUCUAUAAAUUUUAUUUUUGCAUAUUAAAGAAACGUUUUUUCUCAUUAUUUUCUGCUUAAUUGUAUUAAGUAAUGUACUAAAAUAACUUAAUAACAGCCAUUCAAAUCACCUACCAUUCCCGUCAUAUGGGUAUUUAAAUCAAGGCUACUUGGUGGCCACCAAUCACUGUAUGACAAAAAGCACAACUCUUUGUAUAAUACCAAUUUCCUUAAUACUACAAUGUUCCUGUCUAUUUCCGUUAUAUCUGAAAAUAACCUACCUAUUAAUCAAAAUUUAUUUUAUAAUACUAACAAAACUGCAUUUAAUAAAACGACCAAGUUAAAACUGAUUUGUAAAUAGUUGUAAUAUAGUUUAAAUUAUUGAAAAAUUAUAAUCUGGUAGAGCCAAGUCUGAGCCCGGCAAUAAUAAGCAAUAUUUCAAUACUAAAAACGCUUAAUACUCGUACGUAAAAACACUGGAGAAAAUUAACAGAAUUAUAAAAAGCAACGAACGUAC